CUCGCGGGAGCGCGGCCCCGCCGCCGCCGCCGUCGCCCCGCUCGCACGGGUGGGGGGGGGAGGAGCGGCCGCGCCCCGUGCGGGUUCGGAGGGGGGGGGGAAGGAGAUGGGAGGAGGGAGGAGGGCCAAGAAAAAAACGAGCAGGGACAGAACACGGACCGCCUGGAAGUGGCAGAGAGCUACGAGGAUGUGCUUCUUCUGCAGCCGCCGCCCUUGGCAGCCACCUCCCGCUCCAGGGCACGUGCUAGGAGCACUUGCAUGCUUGAAGGUUGAGGCACAAGGACGAGAAAGAGGGGGAGGAUCGAAGUUCGAGGGGCCAGGAUCGAUCUGUUCAAGCGUGAAUCGCCCUUUCCUGGCCACCUGGGGCGGAGUACGUAUCGACGCACCUUUAUGCCUGACUGCGCCAUGGACACCCACAGCCCCCAAAACGGUGUGACAAGGACCGUCGCGAAACCUCACAGCGCCCACACCGAGGAGGCAGAGGAGCAGGAGCGGCAGCAGCAGAAGCGGCAGGACGAGGGGCGAGGCGCGGACGAGGAGCAGCAGCUGCACGAGCGAGGGCAGAAGCACGAGGACGAGGAGAAGGACGACGACGACGACGACGACGACGACGACGACGACGACGACAACGACAACGACGACGAGGACGAAAACGACGACGACGACGACAACGACGACAACGACAACGACGACGACCGACCGACCGACCGACCGACCGACCGACCGACCGACCCACCAACCCACCGACCGACCGACCGACCGACGACGACCAGAGGCCAGAAGCCUCCAGAUGCCUCCAGAGGCCGAAGACUUCGGUCGGACGACAGGGGGGGAUAGCAAAGGGGGGUCUGGCCAACCAGCUCACGUGGUCGGUUUUUCCCGCGCCUCCCGACGCCAGAGACGCCCAUGCAGCUGUCGAGGAUUGCGCCCGGCGGCGAGGCGGAAGCAAGCUUCAGGCAGCAACUUUCGUA